CUCUGUUUGUCAACUACUUAACUGAGCUGCAUCACAGAGACAAAAAGCCCUCUCGAAAGGCUUCCGGCUAAUGAGAAAGGAAGACGGGUGUAUGUAGUCAACAAGGCGAUCUAGAUGAUACACGUUGCUAACGGAGCGUCUCAGUGUAUCGGACAGUGUAUUCAUGGCAACUGGUUCCCCUGGGUGAUGACACAUCAUCACAUCUUGAUGCGGUUGAGGCAAAAUCGGCAGAUCAUCACAAACUUCAUCAUGGAUGAUGAAAAAUAGCCUAGGCGCCACAGGUACACAAUGGCUGAAAAUGAUUUUAAAAAAAAAUGUACACGGCAACAUCAUAUCAACUAGUGUUUUUUCAUCGCAGGUCUCAAGGCGUGUCUUCUAACGAGUGUCUUCGUGAGCAUUACAAAUCAAGCGCCUCAAGACUCCGGGUGCCGGAGGAAUUUUUGUAACCCGCACGUACGAGAUCGGGUUGUUUUCGCUCGUGCUACAUGGUGCUGCACCUUUUGCGGGACACGAUUAUUGUGAAACUGUAUUAUAUAAUGCGCAUCACUACAUUAGAUUGCUAUGGCCGCUGGAUGUAGCUACAAAAGUCUGAGUUAAGAGACUAUGGACAAAUAUAAGAUCAGGGGAGCUGAGAUCAGAACCUUCGUCGUUUGAACAAUAUUAUAACGAAUGGAACCAAAGUGAUUUCAACAUGGAUAACGUCAGAGACCGGGACACAAAUGCUGCUGAUGUGAAUUUGACUGCGGAUAUGGAAUAUGAUGCCGAUUCAGAAACGGUAUUUUUACUUGUUGUGUAUGGCGUCAUAGGAACGUUGGGUAUCAUCGGUAAUGGUCUUGUUAUACUUGUUUACAUGCGUUCACCCUCGUUCCUGCGCAAUGUUACCAGUUCCAUUGUGUGUAAUCAGUCCGCCAUAGACCUGGCCAUGAGUGUGCUAUUCGUCCUCAUCAACCUCGGACCCAAAGUGAACCUGCCCUCUGACCCAGCUUUUGCUAAUUUUCUAUGCAAGGUGUGGCUAUCGGAAUACGUGAUCUGGGCCCUGGGGACGAGCUCAACGUGUAAUUUGGUGUACCUAACGAUAGAGCGAUACGUUGCUGUGUUUCAUCCGUUCUACUACCGGUCAAAGUUCACGCUGCGUAAAGCUCGGCUUAUCUGCGUCAUACCAUGGUUUGUUGGUCCCAUCCACGAGUUAGGCUGGGGACUGACCAACCACGUGACCAAUGGUACAUGCACGUCGCAAUGGCCGUCGGUGCAAAUGGGCCUCGCCAUCGGCUUCCUCUCAUUGAUCGAUCAUUACGUCAUCCCUCUGUGCAUCAUGGCCUUCGUGUAUUCUCGAAUAAUUUGCAAACUCCGGCAUGCCAGGCGUAAAGCUGACGCGGACAUGCCUAGCAGUGGGGCCAGGCGACGCCUUGUACGGCAGGCCUCACGCAAUGUCAUCAUCACAACUUUCCUGGUGUCUUUAACGUACCUCGUUUGCUGGGGACCGAAUGAGAUCAUGUACUUUUACGUCAAUAUGGGCGGGGUCGUGGACAGGAGCGGCGUGUUCUACCGAUUCACAGUAGUCAUGGCCCUGGUGAACAUGUGUGUAAACCCCUUCAUUUACGCCAUGUGUUACAAAGACUUCAGACGGGGUCUGUGGCUAUGCCUGCGCCGGGGCCACGCCCACAAUGCCCACUCACCAAGCCACUCCCAUGAUCAUGACGUCAUAUCUACUACAAUCCAUGGGUUUCAUGAAGGUAGACGCAUGAUUCGAUACAAGCAAACUGCCUGCUGACCAAAACAAUGACUGCCAUUGUUUCAAGUGAAUUUCUGCUAUAGGUUUAUAGCUUAAUGAAAUGAAAGACAAUGUGGGACAAAAUGUCAAAAACAGGCAUCCGUAGAAAUAAAUAAAGCCAAUUUGUAACAACUGUUAUAGCUGUAUAGAAAGUAGAUGAUGUGUCAGCUGUACAUGGAAUGAUAUGACGUAUCAGUUGUUACGGGAAAUAGGUCAUGUGGGAAACAUUCCCCUGGACUUGUGCCCAAAAUUGUUCCAACUUUAAUGUAACCUAACCUCGAUUUUACCUUAUCCUACCCCCACAAAUGUCGGUACAUUUAUUUUUUGGACCACGAGCAAUCGAUCUAGCCUAUUUGCGACGCUACAAAUUGGCCUUUUAAUAUGACCUGUGACAUUAUGGAGACGUUCUCAAUAAUCAUGUCCGGUGCCUCCAUUUUAGGUAUGAUUAAUGGCGACACCGUGUCUCCCAAAAAUACCAUUAACGUUAUGAACUGCUAGUGGUCCGUAACGCCAAUAACUGUAAUUCAUCUGAACAACUCUCAAUGUAUUUUUUCCCCUCGCUAUUUUUCUCGCAUAAAAUGUUGCCGGUAUUACUGCUCGUAUAGAUGAAACAUCUUACGAAAAAAAAUCGCCCACUUUGCUUGUUGAAGCAUUACUUUAUAAAUUUCGAAGCAUUUGCGGCCCAACAAUAAUGCAGGCUUCAUGAUUAUCUUUUGUGAAAAUGAAACGUCAAAGCAACCAAAAAACAAAACCUUGUUCCAGAGUGUUGCAAACUCCCAACAUAGGAAAAGGUUUUUGUUUUUCGUUUAAAUAAAUUAACAGAAACAUUUAUAAUUCAAAGGAAAAAGUCGAACCCUUUAGGCACAGGUAAUAUAUCUAUAAUUAACCAGCGGUUCAAAACUGAACACAUACAUCCUUGUGGAGCCAUCGCUUUUUUUCUCGUGUACAAAAUUGUGAGUGGGUCGAAAUCUAUUUUCAAAAUGCAAAACUACUUAACCAGAAUUACUUUCCUGGGUUGAAAUUCCGACCACAUAUCCCUUACAUGAAAUACUUUAAUUUGCGAAGGAUAAGUAUAUUUGGAAAUCCUUGUUGAGACAUAUUCACCUUUAGAAAUUGCCUUGUGGCGACCUUUACAUUAUCUUUUUCUGUAUAUUAGGGCCUAUACCCGCGUCUCCACAAGGCAUCAUCAAACACACCAUCCACACACACAGUGUUUAUUUGCCUGCAAUCGGGGACCCCUA